AGCAGGUGAUCUCCCAGGUCUUCUCUCCAGCAGGUGAUUUACCCCAGGACCUCUCUCUGGCAGGAGGUGCUGAGACCUCCCUCUCCCCAGCAGCCAGGUCCCAGUGCUGUCCUGCAGUCUGUCCUGGUGCACGUGGAGGCUGAUGUUAAAUCUCUCUCUCUGCUGUGUGUGCGCAUCCUCCUUGGGUUUUGCAGCAGAGCAGCGAGCAGCUUUUCCUAGUCUGGGAUUUGGCUGUGCAUGGACCAGGUUUAAAGGAUCUGCUGCCCUGCAUGCUGCAGCCCUGUCCCAGGCUCCCUGCCUGGAUCUCCCAGCCCUGGGGUAGGGGGGCAGGAUUGGCUGGGCUCAGGGGGGGCAGUUGGAGGGAUCCCUGCAGCACACGUGGGUGAAGAUUCCAGUCUGCUGUCUGCUGCACGCUGGCUGUGUGUCCUCUGGGGCUGCUGGGGGUCCAUGUGUUUGGGAUUUUUUUGGAUUUGUGCUGACUCCUGGAUUUGGGAUAUUUUUUUGGAGGUGCCCUACACAACGUCCCCUCUCCAUCUGGGCAGAAGUGCCCCCUACAGGAUGAGGAGACCGGGAUACAGGGGGAUCUGGCUGGUCCUAGGUGCUGUGAUCUACCUGAAAGGCUUUGUGAGUCCACUGCAGGUGAUCAUAGACAAGGAAAACAUUCAGGUGUCCCGUGGUCAGUCAGCUGGACUUUUAUGCUCGUUUACCACCAGUGCAGCCCUUACUAACCUCAACAUCAUUUGGACGGUCACCCCACUCUCCAAUGCCAACCAACCCGAACAGAUCAUUAUUUACCAAGGCGGUCAAGUCUUUACAAAUGCCGCACAGUUUCACGGACGAGUUGGCUUCAUGCAAACCAUGCCAAGUACCAAUGCUUCCAUUUAUAUUAAUAAUACUCAGCUAUCCGACACUGGGACAUAUCAAUGCAUGGUCAACAAUCUUCCAGAUCGAGCCAUUCGGAAUAUCGGAGUUGUUGGAUUUACUGUUUUAGUGCCUCCCUCUGACCCACUGUGCAACAUACAAGGGUCCUUGGACAUUGGAAGCGACAUAACUCUGACUUGCAGUUCAGAGGAAGGGAUUCCCAGGCCGACCUACAUCUGGGAGAAGCUUGAUAACACACCAAUUCUACCCGCCACAGUAACACAAGAUCAAUUUCAGGGGACGAUUCUGUUGAGAAACCUAAGCAUUGCUUCUUCUGGACGUUAUCAGUGUAUAUCUUCCAAUCUCAUGGGGGCUAGAACCUGCCUUAUAGAUCUGCAAGUGGUAGCACCUCAGCACCAGAGUGUGGGACUUAUUGCUGGGGCGAUUGCUGGUGGUGUGCUGGUCCUGAUCAUCUGCAUUGUCGUGGUGGCCGUUGGGUUAACCUACUGGAGGAACAAGCAUAAGGAGGAAGAGGACGAGAUCCCCAAUGAAAUCAGAGAGGAUGACCUUCCACCAAAAUGUUCCUCAACUACCAAAGUGUUUCACCCGGAUGCCUCCUCUUCUGAGCAUGAUACAUUGACAUCAGCCAACACCUACAAUGGUCAUUACUGGAAUAAUGCAAAGAACAAUUAUGCCACCGGAUCUUAUGUGCACUAUAACUGCAACGGCUGCCGUCAACCAUCAGCUCGAUCAGUUACGGGUCCUGCUCGGCCAACCUAUGCUAAUGGCGGACAACCUUUUCCAGGUCCUCCAAAGACCCUGGUAGUUACAGCUAACACGGCUCCCUCUCCUAAAACUGGUGUGAGGAGCAAUGGUACAGUUGGUAGGAAAGCAAAACCUUCCCAAACUAGGUCUUACGCUGUGAGCCAAGCCACGCUGGAGAGAAUAGGAGCGGUGCCUGUGAUGGUACCAGCCCAGAGCAGAGCUGGGUCGCUGGUAUAGAAAGCAGUGCUAGUUUAAUGGAUGUUAGGAACUCAUCCUUGCUCCUCUGUCAUUUCCUUUUAGUCCAGGCAGUCAAAUAAAAUGCUGGAACCAGCAAGUCUUUUGCUCAAAAGAGAUGACAUAACGCUGGGACAAGGAAAUGUGGACAGUUAACAGAGAUUAGAACUUAUCCUUGCAGUGCCAAGCACAGCCUGAGGACUUCCAGUGCAGAAUAGCUUAUGUGCCUCCCUUCCUCUUUCUCCGAGAUCCUCUCUCACACACACAUACCCAUUAAUGCUUUAUUUUUCUAACACCUGCCUUGUCUGGAAAAAUGCUUGUUUUUUGAAUGAAGAUGGUGCUAGUGACCCUCUCGCGGAGCUUCUUCAGCUCUCUAACCAUGUUAAUAAAGGCAGCAGCCCAACCGAAACAAUCUUCUCUCACGUCAGCACUUUAUUAAGAAACAUGUAGAGCACCCGUCAAUGGAUAUUUGUCCAAGGAAUUCUUAGAACUCAAGGUACAGUAGGAGGACUCUUUGAAGUAGAGACUCAAGGUUUAGCUUCCCUUGAAGGGCUCAUUUAAAAAACUUAAAUGCUAUGUUACCCCAAACACAGUUGGAGUCAAUUUAACUGUCACAUUAUUGUCAAUGAUAUUCAUCCCAUAGUUGAUUGUUCGACUACCGACAGCUUUUUCUUCUUACAUACACACAAUCCUGAUAUACACACAAUCCUGUUAUUUUGCAUAGUUUACAAUAUUGUUCACUCUAUGUUAAUGUUCUUUUGAUGUUUUUUCUUUUUUCUUUUAUAAGGGUCAUAAUGAAUUUCUACCAUCUAAUGAUACCUGCAUCCAUUCAUUUUUGGUUGUGUUAACUUUAGGUUUAAUUUUCUGUAUUUUAAAACUUUGUUAUUCUGUUACUGGGCUCAGUUAAAGUCCUAUGUUUCAGGGCUUAUGGAACGUAUUAGAGCAAUGGAAUUGUUUUGUUUUUUUUGUUUACCCAUGACUCAUUUUAUACUUUUGAAAACCAGGUUAUAGUCAGUUAAUGUGACCCAGAAUAAGUAUUGAAUUCCCAUCCAGAUUGGUGAUUUAUUUAAUGAGUAAACACAGUGAUCAUCAAUGGUCUGAUUUCAAUGUGGCCUUUUUCUAAACAAUCCAUUCCUUCCAAUAGAACAUGGAUAGGCAGCAGGUAGUCCACCAGUAUUGAAUUUAAACUGUUUGAAAAAGCAUUGUGGAUGAUUUAGUUCUUUAAUAACAACUGGAGAGUUACCUGGUGUCAGUCCCUCUAUUCAAUGGAAGUGAAUUGAGAUAUUUUUUCUCAGUCAAUGACAGAUUGAUUAGUGAGAAUGAUUCCUGACAUUUUGUCCAAAAUAUGUGCCUAACAAUUGGUGUCUGCAUAUUUCAAGUCCAUCUAAGGUGUUUAACUCAAUCUUGCAGGACCCAUACUCUCAUGUACUGGAUGUCAUAUGGCAAAAUGCAGAAAUCUGAUAGGAAGCAGUUAAAGCAAAUUGAAUAUAUAUCUCAAUGACUUCUUCAAGGUCAAUAAUAUUGGAGUUACCAAUAUUCUAGAUCAUUCUACAAAAAGCCAAGUUAUCAGAUGCCAAAUUAUGUAACAUCACCCCUUGUUAAAGCUCUUCCACCACCUACACUCAUUUCUGUUGAA